AUGUCGUCCACCCCCUUUGACAUCUCAUCGUCGUGCAAUCUCUUCAAACAUCAGCAUCUUGAGACCACAGCCCUCAUCCACAUCCUCAAGACUUCGUCCACAUCCUCAACACCUCAUCUACAUCCUCAACACCUCAGCUACAUCCUCAACACCUCGUCCAUAUCCUCAAGACCUCGUCCACAUCCUGAUCAAGACCUCAUCCACAUCCUCAAGACUUCGUCCACAUCCUCAACACCUCAUCUACAUCCUCAACACCUCAUCCACAUCCUCAACACCUCAUCUACAUCCUCAACACCUCAUCCACAUCCUCAACACCUCAUCCACAUCCUCAAGACCUCUCUGUCUGACAACAACCUCCACGGGUCCCAGCUCGCGUUCCCUCUGUCCACCUCCAUGUCCUACCCACAGGACAGACAAACACAGCCGGAGACAACACUCCCACCAUCCCCCGGUCUGCCGCCGACCGUCAACGAAUCUCUCACCCCCCUCACCGAACCAAGCCACCGUCUCUUGAGACGUGAAGACCUCGAGGCACUUGAACAGGCCAGAAUACGCCACGACGCGAUGCAACAAGCGGCGAUCCAUCAUCCUAACGAGAUGAUUCCGUACAGCCACCACCCGUGGAGCGCAGGCUACCUGUGGCCAAACCACACGUACCAGCCGCCGCCAUACCCCGCCCCCCAGCCGUGGAACACCGCCUCUGCGUACCCUCCAAGCUACACGUCGGCAUACAGCGUCCCUCAGCAGCCGGCAAGCAACGCCUACCACGAGCCAAUGUCUCGGCACCUACCGCCUCUACCUGUUCACCCGCCCCUCCAGCCUUCUCGCUCGCCGCCAGCCGGGACACCGUCCCCUCCGCAUCAUCUUCCACCCCUUCGCACCAACCCUGAACCCCCUCGCUUUCACAACAAGAUCCACGUCGACAUUAUGGUCGCAGCCGUAGCCGAAGUCCUACAUGGACUGUUGACUGGAGUGUUGAGUGGAUUCCUGACCGCAGGCACGGCCAAGGCCAAGGUCGAGGUCGAGGACGAGGUCGAGGUCGCGGUCGCGGUCGUGGUCGUGCAGCAAGGGCCAUGCCCAACAACAACGCACACAACCAAGGAGCACAAUACAAUGCCUGGCACGGCCAAGGCACAGAUCCCAUGUCCGAUGAGGAACGGGACACCACACAACACCGCCGCGCCGCACAAAGCCCAGCUACACAGCCGCCCUCCACGAUCGGGGAAGGCACAAACACCAUGUCCGAUGCCGAACACAGCCAGGCCACACAAGGCCCUCCGGGACAACAAGAAGAUCGGCAAGGUGAUCAUCCUCCCACGGGAGACGAAACGACUGAUGUUGGCCGUGGCAGAAACCGAGCCAGCCCUUUCCGCGCACCAGAGAUGA